GGAUUAGAAACACAAAUUCAGGAAUGGUGAAACGCAAUUUUUAGUAAUCACAAACGCAAACGCUGUUCAAGGCAUCCCAAUCGUUCAAAAGUGUAUUGUUAACGAAAUUGACGAGUGUGCGUAUAUCAGCGGCUGCGCCUUUAGCUCCUCCCCCCUCCCGCCCUCUUCGUCUGAAUUACAGGUUUACUCCGGCGAAUCAUCUCUUCUCUUCCAUCGCCGAUCUUCUCACAGAAACAACCACCAUGUCUAACCGACGCUCGAAUAGGCAAGAUGAGAACACAAGAUACAUCGCCAAGGGUCAUCAGCAGCAGAAGUUUGUACCCAAACCCAUGAAUCCAACUCCUACCUCUAAUUCUACCCCUUUCCCUGUUUCUCUCUCUUCUUCUCUUAGGCAAUCAGAUUCCUCCGGUGCGAGUUCCAGAGUCUCCGCUUCGGGUGGUAGUAGGGUUAGGAUGGGGGAUCAGGGACAGUUGGUAUCUAGCAAAAGCCCCGCUCAAGGCGGUGGUAGUUUCGUGAAUUACUUGCCGCAGGACGAGGCUGUAGCCGCUGGUCUUGGACCUGAUGAUGGAGGUUUGGAUCCAGUGGAGUCUCAGGGAGUGGUGGAUCUCCUCAAUAGAGAGCUCACAAGGCUGCUUAAGCUCAAUCCUAGAGAUUUUUGGAGAGAAGUGGCUAGUGAUGCAUCGUUGCAUGAUUUUCUGGAUAGCUUUCUGCAGUUUAGAAGCAGAUGGUAUGAUUUCCCAUUUCAUGGUGUCAAGGGGAUUGUUGCCGGCGUGAUUGUCGGAGAACUCGAGUUAUGCCGCCGUGUUUUCAUGGUCUUGUAUAGAAUAUCGUCUAAUAGGGAUCCCGGUGCUAGAGCUUCUGAUAGCCUCAGUCAGAAAGAUCAUGAAGUUCUCCUGCAGGACAAGAAGUUACUGGACUUGCCAAAGUUAUUGGAUAUAUGUGCUAUAUAUGGACAUGAGAAUGCAGAGCUCACAAAAUCCUUAAUUGAAAAUGCUGUGAAAUCACAAAACGGGAUUCUUGAAAGUUUGAAUAGGAUGUUGUCUCAUUUUUUGGGCAUCCUGCACACAAUGCAUCACCGUUGCACCUCAUCUUUGGAGACCUUAGUAUCAAGUGCAAAUAGUGAAGACCAUGGACAUAGAAAACUCCAUUCAGACCUUUUGGAGGUUAUGGACUUCAUUAAUGAUGGAGUUGUGUCUUUGGAUGCUUUCAUUUCUGCUUAUACACCCGCAGUUUUAAUCUUAGCAUGUCCUAUUGAGACAAGUUAUGGGAGCGAUGAACUUCUCGGCAGCCUUGUUCGGUUGCAUGAUUCAUUGCUUCCGUCACUUCAUCGUGGGUUUCAGGUCUUGUUCAAGGAUAGAGACCGUGAUUCUCUUUCAGACAUAUCAACGAGUCUAAACAUGUUAUCAACAAGGAUAGGGAGUUUAUGUUGGAAAAUAUUAGAUAUCUGUUAUCUCAGCAAUGAUAUGUUCAAUCACGAAACUUUAAUUCCAGCGGUCACAAAGAUGUUCCCAUCAAGAGUUGAGGACCCUAUGGUAAGGGCAGAUAUAUUGAUCCAAACAUUCAGGGAGAUCAGUGGACUUUCUGAGCAGUCACUGGAAAGCAAGAACCGAUUACUCCAAAAGAUUGAGAAGAAUUACAGAAUCAUUGAUAGACUUAGGAGUUUACAGAAUGCAGGAUGGGUAUCUAUGGAAGAUGAGCAGCUUCAAUAUUUGUCCAUGAUCAUGUUGCAUUCUGCAGACACUUUCUCUUUGAAGGAGUCGCCGCUUCUUCUAACUGAUGGUAGAAACACCGAAGAGCUUAUGGAUGAAAGUGCUGUAGUUAUGCAAUCCAAGAUCAGUCAAAUAAAAGACAUAUUCCCUGAGUAUGGGAAUGGUUUCUUAGCUGCGUGUCUUGAAGCCUAUAACCAGAAUCCAGAAGAAGUUAUACAGAGGAUUCUUGAAGGAACACUCCAUGAGGAUUUGCAGCGAUUGGAUACUUCACUGGAGACGAUGCCACAACCUAAAUCUGCUCCAACUCUUAGAAGCAAAGACAAAGGGAAAGGAAAGCUCAUUGAAUCUGACACUAGUAGCUCUGCUAUCUACACAGAGCAACCGAUCACACGUCCCUCACUUCCAGCUUCAUCAGCCUCAUCCACAACGGUUGGCAGAUUUGUCAGAAAGCCAAAGGAUGAUACUCCAAGCUACAAAAUUCUCGAUGCUAGAAAAGAAUCCGACAGAGAGAGGAACACAGCCCUACUUGCACAAUACGAAUACGACGAUGAAUACGAUGAUUCUUUUGAUGAUCUGGGCUUGAGUGUUGCGGAGUCAGGUACCGAAGAAAGUGGGGUGUUUGGUAACAGAGCUGGAUCCGAACCCUCUGAUGCUACGAAGUGGGGUAGCAGAAAAAAUCCUCAAUUCUAUGUGAAAGAUGGUAAGAACUACAGCUACAAAGUGGCAGGUGCAGUUGCGGUGGCAAACGCAAACGAAGCUUCACUGGUAAAUGAAGCAGAGGGAGAUAAGAUACUUGGGUUGGGACGUGGAGGAAACAUUCCUCUUGGAGCGGUUAGAAAGCUGACAGAGUAUCAGGCACAGAGAGAUGAGAAAGGUCAGUCUAAUGUGAACGUGAAUGCGAACCCAAGCGAUGGAAGAGAGAAUGGGAGAAACUGGAGAGGAGGAAGGGGAAGAGGAAGAGGAAUGGCGAACAGAGAGCAACCGCAGGAAAAGAGUAAUGAGAGUAAUAAUAACAACUCAGAGGUUAAUACAGAGGCGGAGAAUGGAGGAGGAAGGGGUCGAGGAAGGGGUCGAGGAAGGGGAGGAGGAGGGAGAAAUCAUAAUCAUAAAGAUAGAGCUAUGAAGAAACAUAUUGCUAGUGUUUCUGGCUUCUAGAUGUUAGAAAAAUAACAAAAAGCACAAUACGUUUUUGUGGGUCUUUUUUUUUGGAUACAGGGGAGAAACUAAAAAAAUUACAAAACAAUACUUCAUUUGAUUGUAAUGCUUGUCUCUGGUAAUUAAGAGAAGAAAACUAGCAUAUUAUUAUUCCCUUUAGUUUUGGUUAAACAAGUUUCUUUUGAUA